GAAUCCAUGACAAUCCGGAAACAGAACCCUGACGUGUUCGGUGUGUGGUGCGCGCUGAACAAAAUUUAUCCACAAAGGCCGAGAUCUUUCUACGUCUCAACAUGAAUCUAACAUCCGCAGCCGGUGUUCUGGCUAUGUUAGAUGAGAAGGACCCACAACUGAAGUGUUUUGCUUUAAACAAGCUGAACUCUAUAGUGGGAGACUUCUGGCCAGAAAUCUCUGAUGCUGUAGACAAAAUUGAAAUGCUGUAUGAAGAUGAAACUUUUCCUCAUCGAGAACUGUCGGCACUGGUCACUUCAAAGGUGUACUAUCACUUGGGAGCCUACGAGAUUUCCUUGACUUAUGCACUCGGAGCCGGGAAUCUGUUUGACGUGAACAGCCCAACAGAAUAUGUAGAAACUACAAUAUCCAAGUGUAUUGACCACUACACAAAGCUGUGCAUCGCGCAGGCAGAGGCAGGAGAGAAACAGGAUGUGAAGCUGGACUCUCGUCUGGAGGAUGUGGUCAACAGGAAGAUCAGGAGCUGUCUGGAGAAUGGAAACUUCAAACAGGCUGUUGGCAUUGCCUUGGAGACCAGGAGAAUUGAUGUGUUUGAGGAAGCCAUCAUGAAAUCAGACGAUGUUGCAGGGAUGCUCCUGUACGCCUCCAAAGUCUGUAUGUCACUCAUCCAAAAUAGGCAGUUCAGAAACAAGAUGCUGCGGGUGCUGGUGAGGCUGUACUUGCACCUGGAUAUACCUGAUUACAUCAACGUCUGUCAGUGUCUGAUUUUCUUGGAUGAUGCCUCCGCGGUCGCUGAGAUACUGGAGAAACUCAUCAAAGGAACAGAAGACCAGACCUUGAUGGCGUACCAGAUCGGGUUUGACCUUUAUGAGAGUGCCACGCAGCAGUACCUGUCCAGGGUCAUGUAUGCCCUGCGUGCCGUCAGCCCCAUCCCGCUCCCCAACGCACCUGCGGUCGUACAGCCACCUGGCUCAGCACCUGCUGCACCUGUAUCCAAGGAUGCAGAGAGCCAAGCCAGUGAAGAGCAGGAGAAACCAGCUAGUGUACCUCCUCCUGACACAUCUACUAAGUACUCAGACUUGAGUGAAGAGGAGAAAAAGCAUGUGGACCGGUUGACCAAGCUGCUAGGCAUCCUGGGAGGAGAGACGUCCAUCGCUAUCCACCUGCAGUUCCUGAUCCGUAACAACCACACAGACAUGCUCAUCCUCAAGAACACCAAGGAUGCUGUGAGAAACUCGGUGUGUCACACAGCGACUGUCAUCUGUAACUCCUUCAUGUACUGUGGCACAACUAGUGACCAGUUCCUCAGGGACAACCUAGAGUGGCUUGCCCGUGCUACCAACUGGGCCCGAUUUACAGCAACUGCCAGUCUGGGAGUCAUCCAUAGGGGCCAUGAGAAGGAAGCGUUACACCUGAUGUCUACAUACCUGCCUAAGGACACGGGUCCUGGCAGUGCCUACUCUGAGGGAGGGGGGCUGUAUGCUCUAGGUUUGAUCCAUGCCAACCACGGUGGUACCAUGAUUGACUAUCUCCUGAACCAGGUUAAAGAAGCUACAACAGAGAUGGUUCGACAUGGAGCUGGCCUUGGCCUUGGACUUGCAGCCAUGGGAACAGCCAGGCAAGAUGUGUAUGAACAGUUGAAAUUCAACCUGUACCAAGAUGAUGCUGUCACAGGCGAAGCAGCAGGUAUUGCUAUGGGGUUGGUCAUGGUGGGUACCAAGUCUGCCCAGGCCAUAGAAGACAUGGUGGCGUACGCACAGGAAACCCAGCACGAGAAGAUCCUGCGUGGACUCGCCAUCGGGAUCGCUCUCUGCAUGUACGGCCGGCUGGAGGAGGCGGAUACGCUCAUCGAGAGUCUGUCUAGAGACAAGGACCCCAUCCUGCGCAGAUCGGGCAUGUACACCAUUGCCAUGGCGUACUGUGGCAGCGGCAGUAACCAGGCCAUAAGGAAACUCCUGCACGUGGCCGUCAGUGAUGUUAACGACGACGUACGCCGUGCAGCUGUGGAGGCCAUCGGAUUCAUCUUGUUCAGGACCCCCGAGCAGUGUCCUAGUGUGGUAUCACUACUGUCGGAGAGCUACAACCCACACGUGCGCUACGGUGCCGCCAUGGCACUGGGAGUCGCAUGUGCUGGGACAGGAAACAAGGAAGCUGUAGCGCUGAUUGAACCCAUGACCAACGAUCCGGUGAACUACGUCCGUCAGGGCGCCAUGAUCGCGUCUGCACUCAUCCUGGUACAGCAGACAGAGGCCAUGUGUCCGAAGGUGAAGACAUUCCGAGAGCUGUACACAAAGGUCAUCAACGACAAGCAUGAUGAUGUCAUUGCCAAGUUUGGGGCCAUCCUGGCUCAGGGCAUCAUCGAUGCAGGUGGCCGUAAUGUGACCAUCAGUCUGCAAACCCGUAACGGCCACACACACAUGGAGUCAGUAGUGGGGAUGUUGGUGUUCACACAGUUCUGGUUCUGGUACCCGCUCUCCCACUUCCUGUCUCUGGCCUUCACUCCGACAGCCAUGAUCGCACUCAAUGCAGAACUACAGAUGCCGAAGGUGGAGUUUAAGUCCAGUGCAAAAUCCUCCAUGUUUGCAUACCCACCUUUACUGGAGCCACCGAAGGAGAAGGAAAAAGAGAAAGUGUCGACUGCAGUUCUGUCAAUCACUGCCAAGGCCAAGGCUCGCAGUAAGAGCAAGAAGGGAGACAAGGACGAUGAGAAGAUGGAAGUGGAUGAGGUAGAGAAGAAGGAUGAAGACUCCGAGAAGGGUAAGGAGGAGAAAACUAAGGAGGAGAAAACAAAAGAAGAGACAACAAAAGACGAGAAGACUAAAGAGGAAACAGAAAAAGACAGUAAGGACAGCAAGGAUAGUAAGGACAGCAAGGACAGCAAGGAUAGCAAAGAACCUAAGGAGGAGGCCAACCACAGUGUACUGCAAAACCCUGCAAGAGCCUUGCCUGCACAGUUGAAGGUCCUAUCCUGCAUGUCAGGGAGGUACCAUCCCCUGAAGCCUGUCACCACCGGUGGGAUCAUUCUGUGUAAGGACCAGACUAAGGGGGAACCUGAGGAGAUUGUAGAGACACUGCCAACUGGUGGACCAAAGGCUGAAGACGAGGAACCAGAGCCACCACCCCCCGAGCCCUUCCAGUACACCGAGGACUGAGCUACUACAUAAAAUACUGCCGCCAUUUAUCGGCUCACAACAAGUUUAUACUGUGUUGUCAUCACUGCAGUACCCAUGUGUUCCUCAAGGGGGCAUGACAUGUUGUGGCCCAAACAUGGCCUAUUUGUAACAAUAGAUAUAUCAUCUUGUUAUGUUCGUAAUACUCAGCUGAAUGUAUGAAGAAACCAUGUUUCAGGGGUGGGAAGCGGACAAUUUUUCUUACAUAAACCACAGAUUUCACUCUUAUAUUUUCUGAAUAUCAAUAUAGAUGGAAAGGUAAAUUUAAGUUCCACAGUAGACAUUAACUGGCCCAAUUAUGAUUGUGCCAGUUUGAGACAAGGCAUUCUAUUGGAAAUUAUAACUGGAAUUUAUUAAAUAGGGAGUUAGUACAACAUUGUCUUUUACUAGUCAGGAUAUCUAUAUGUCUUGAUAGUACAAGACUUGGUUCCUUGUAAAUUAAAGUGGGUUGAAUAAAACAAAGUCUACAAGUCA